UUCAAGACGCGAAACUUUCGUGUGCGUUCGCUGUCGAGGGGGAAAAAAAAUCUUCUGCUGAGUCAGCGAAGUAUUUUUAUUCAGCAAAAAAAAAUGUUUUCCCCAUUUAUUUUUGCUUAAUUAUUCCAAAGGAUUUAUCGGAAAAUUAUAUUGCGAGUGGGAAUGUCUACGAUGUGGACAACAUGUGUCGAUUCAUCGAUGAUUUUACUGAGGUGUCCCUCGGCCCCUCAUCGUGUUAUAAACAGCCAACAUGGUUUUUUUUCCCUAGUGGGUGUCUAUAUGUCCAGACGGAAAGGCAGUCGCUUCGUGACGGUCGUGUUAAACGGUUCAACGACGUGAAAUAUCAAAAGUCCUGUGAUUUUACGGCCAUGGCAUUGGAAUCGAUCUUACCAUUUCUCCUCUUCGCCGGCGUCUGCUGUGUGAGUAUGGCUGCCUUAUCACCAGAUCCGCGAGACUUUUUUGCUGACAAAAUCAAGGGAAAUCUGACACAAAUCACGUGGGCUCAUGCAGUUAACAGUAAACAGGAGCUUUCUGCAGCACUUGCUGAUGAGAAAAUAAUGAUGAUAGAGGCUGACAUUUCAAUGGGUACCGUGCGUGGAAAUCCUAAUGAAACAGUUCCAAUUAUGGCACAUCCGCCAGCCAACGAAAGUGAUUUAUCACUGGCUGAUUUUCUGAACACAACUUUGAAAAAUCCCACUCGUGGCAUCAAACUGGACUUCAAAACGAUCGAGGCAUUCAAAGCGAGUCUUCCAAUUCUCAAAAACAUUCGUGAAAAAUUGACGGUGCCGGUGAUGCUGAAUGCUGAUAUCCUAGCGGGACCAUUUUCUGGGGAAGAUCGACCGGUAAAUCCGGAUGAAUUUCUGCAGGGGGCGAAGGAUAACUUCCCCGAGAGCAUUCUCUCAGUUGGAUGGAAGACACAAUCUGGAGCUCUGCCAGCCAACUUUAAAGGCAGCUACACCAAGGAACACAUUCAGGCCAUGAUAGACACCUUAUCAAAAAAUAAAAUCACACAGACCGUCACCUUCCCCGUGAGAGCAACUCUUGGAGCGAAUGAUGUUGCUGUCAUGCAGGAGCUCAUCAAGAAAACUGAGAAUUAUAAAUCGACUUUGACAGUUUGGUCUGCCACCGACGAUUUUGUGGAUCGUCAGAACGUGUCGACCUUAAUUAAAACAAUGCAAGUUGGCAAGACUUACGUAGAUGUACCAGAAAAUGUCUGGAAGGAGCUGUCACUCGGUUCUUCAGCAACAUCUUUACUGGUGUCUGCAACUCUCUUGAUAGUUGGCGUCGUUAUUUCGACCUUUGGAUUUUCAACUGUCAUGUAAAAUUUAAUCGAGGAAAUUUGCGUCAUUAUUUCUGUCCGAAUCUCUCGCGCAAAUAUUUUCCCGAUUUUUUUGAUGCAGAAAUUAUUUUUUCAGAUCUUUUGAAGUUUUUCUUUCUAUGAAAAUUACCAGAAGAUGAGAGGUGUUAAUUAAUCAUGCAUUUAUCGUCUUAAAACAUAAAUAAUGUCAAUUAUCCUAUUCCAAUGUAAUUAAUGUUAAGAUUUUUUUUGUAAUAAAAAAUUCGUCUCGAA